AUGAGCCAGUGGGCGCCAAAUGUUGCCUCCGCAGCCGGUCGCUGGUCAAAGUGCUUCGAUCACAAAAAUUUUACAUCACCGAGUAGUUCUCUCGACGUGGUUCUUCCCUUAAAUUUUCAGGCAACGGUUCCGACGGGAAGGCCUCCGAUCGCGGUCAACCGAAAUGAAUCUACAAAAAUUCUGGUCAGCCUGAAGCUUCAAAUCCAUUUUCUCGGUGCUUCACGGGCGACCCAUAGAAAUCCGAAGACACCAUUAGAAUCCUCUCGCCUAGGUGCUUUCUCAGCGACACUUUCGCCGGAAUGGCGAACUUUUUUGGCGAUCAUUGUUUUCGACGCGUUCUCGCGUUUAUGUGCCGAUUUCACAUCCAGCCACUUCCACCCCAACCGACUCUGGCCACCUUCAGCUUCAUCCAACGACUCACCUCAACUGACUCUGGCUAAUCUCAGUCCGACGGAUGCUCCGAAUUCCUGCCAAGGUUCUUCUCUUCAUAUCGAAGCUCUAGAAGCUGCUUAUUCACUUGUGGUGAACACGAAUUAUGUACUUAAAGGUGUUGGCAUCCGAGUUGCUCGACAUCAUCUUCUGCCGAUGGGCGGUCCGAACUUGAGAACCAACAGACAAGAACAGGCACGGAGUCCGAGCUCAGAAUCAAGGGAAGCACCUGAGCACGGGGCAAAAGGGAAGAAAUCCAAUUUCAAGUCACAACGGAAGGUCGACUUCGACACUCUCGAAGGACCACCCCCGAGACGCAUUCGAUUUCAAGAAAUAAUAAAAAAAGAUCACUUGCAACCUAAUGAUGGCCGAUGGGAUGUGCUCACCAACCCUACAGGCCUACGAUCUACGAAAAUACCCGAUGGAAACUUCCCUAUCGAAAAGCCAAGAAGGCCAGCCGCUGCUCAACCGAUCAUGACGGCACCCGCCGUGGACUUUACGACGAUGUUCCAAAACCCCGAGUUUCUAAAGGGGAUGGCGAAUCUCGUACCGCAAUCGUGCCAUCACCAUCCUACAAUUAAUCACAAAGUCGAGCUUCUACAGUAUACUCUAACACGAGGUUGUUUGGCUUGGUCUGUGGUUGUUGGUCUUGUUACUGGUGGGGAGGAGUUUGAUUUGUUUCAAGGGCUUUUUAGUAAAUGGGGUCCGUUUUCCGGUUUUUGGCAUUUUGGCCGUAAACCUCUGCAAAACCCCUCUCUACGAGUUGCCAUUUCCAUGUCCUCCGUAGCCGUGACAGGGUUUUUGUCUGCGAGCACAAGAUGUUGUUCUUCGCUGUCAGAGUUGAAGGAAGCAGCUGGUGUGGAGGAGACGGAUAGCAUGCCAGUGGGGCAAUUUCUGGAAAAGUCUUCAGAGAAGAAGCCAACGCUCGUUAGUCAAAAAGAGACAAAGUAUACAACAUUAGCUGAUCUAUUUAGGGUGCACCAAUGUGGUCUAACAGAAACCCUUAAAGAUUCUCAAUCUACGGAAGCACUGUCAGACAUGCUCUUGGAUUAUAAUGGCACAGGUAGAAAAACUGAUUUUGAGAGUUCAUCUCACCCAAAUGACCUCUUGCCAACUCAACCUACUAGUGUUACACAGAAUGGUAAAAGCAUGCAUUAUGAAGGCGGUCAAAAAUCCUCUUUAUCCAAUAAAGCUAAUAAAUUGCUCGAUUUCAAAGAGCGGUAUUCAAAAUCAGCUAAUAAUCAAGCAGCUGAUGUGACAGACAAGCUUAGGAGCCCGGAAUUUCUUUAUGAGCCUCAUCGGCUCUUAGGCGAGCCCCAACGUAAGCAAGACAGUGAAAAAGUUCCUGUCAUAAAGGAAUUGCUCGACUUUAUAAGAAGUCAUGAACCACCUAAAUCUACUAGUACUGGCUGUGACAAUGCGUGUGCCGCUAAAGAGAAGUCGUUAAACGGUAGUAAUUUGCACGUACCCGAUGACAAUGACCUAUUGGCCUCGGGGAAUUUUGUGGACGAAGCUUCUAAGAUUGAGGAUGAAGACAAAAGUAAUUCGGAGUUUGGACCCAAGAUAAAUAAGGAUCAAAGACGGUUGAAAGGGACAUUGCUUUCUAGAAAAAAAUCAGAGGAAAAUAGAGUGUUGGUAAGGUUCUUGCGUACUCACAUGACUAAAAAUCAGAUACUCAAACAUUUUCGUAGCUGGGGGACACUAGUGGAUGCCAAAUUUCAUGAUUCUGUCAUGUCUCAGUAUAUAUCUGCUGACAUUUGUUUCCAGACGAGAGAAGAGCUUACUGAAGCUCUGGAAAAAUUGGGAUCAAGUUUAAGAAGUUGGAUUAUUGUCGAGUCAGCUGAUUCAAGAGAGAGAUUGAAAGUCCCUAUACCUAGCUUGAUGGGUGACCUCAAUGUCCCAUCUGCAUUAAUAAAGAAACCCACAAGGACGAUAAAGAUAGAAAAUUUAACCAACGAAAUAAGUUCAUGUCAUAUUAAAGAAGCUCUGGCCUUCUGUGGGAGCAAUGUAUCUGGUUACGUUUUGGGCUUAACACCUACUGUUGCUUAUGUGGAAUUUGAGACAGAAACGGGCAAGGAAAGGGCUCUUGCUGAACGAUUCAUCAAUGUUUUGGGAAGGCAAUUGUUAAUGCAAAGAAUUGACAUCCCAAGAACAACAGCUGUUAGGAUUUCAAGCACGUUGGCCUUGCGGCAAGACACUCUCCAUUCAGUAUGUGAAUCUCUAGGAAUUGUCAGGUCGACUGUCCAGAGAAGUUUGAAUGGACUUGAAAUCGACGGCAUACGAGUGAGAGCUGAGCCUGCGCCAGUUUACCCGCAUGAUGUGCUAUUAGCGCUUUGGCAUCAGCCAGAGGGAAGAAAGCAUCUGAAAGCAACAAUGCAAGUUCUGUUGCGUAAAUUGAGAGAGGACACACUGGACACAUCUGAAUUAGCUUCCUUACAAGCCCUCUUUGUUGAUAAAGUUUGAUUUUGCAGGUAGAGUAGAAAAAUUAGAUGUCGUAGCUUUGGUUCAAUGCCAUAUUACGUGUCAAAUGAGGACCCACUCGUAUUAUGAGUACAGUCUUAAUGGGGAAAAGUUGAGUGUUAGUUUAGUUUUGGACUUUUGGUGAUGUAAAUGAGUGAUGCAUGCAAUGACUAGCAGUUUAGUUAAAGCUAUGGCUGAUUUUUUUAGCAUAACAGUCGCAUAAUGGCUCGGAUUUUACUAGGAAAGCACGUCUUCAAAUAGUUGUUUUCUGCAUGGCUAUGAAGUAAUGAUUAUGAGGCAACUUGAAACGUGUAUGAAAAAACUUAGACCCGCUUCACAGCCUGG